AUGUCGUUGAGCUGGUCAGCAAAAGACCACAAGAGUUAUACAAAUUCACCCUCCAACCCUACCCAAGGGCUGAAGCGGCCACGGAAUGACACAGGGAACAAAGUGACAGUGGUGCUCGGUGCGCAAUGGGGAGAUGAAGGCAAAGGAAAAGUCGUCGAUUUACUGGCGACUGAGUCUGACCUUGUUUGCAGAUGUCAGGGUGGUAAUAAUGCAGGCCACACAGUGGUAGUAGAAGGCACAGAGUAUGACUUCCACCUUCUCCCCAGUGGCAUUAUCAACCCCAAAAGCAUAUGUGUCAUUGGUAAUGGCGUAGUCAUACACCUACCAGGAUUGUUUGAGGAGGCGGAGAAGAAUGAGAAGAAAGGUCUCAAAGGUUGGGAGAAGAGACUAGUUGUCUCUGACAGAGCUCACCUCGUGUUUGAUUUCCACCAGGUUGUGGAUGGAAUUCAGGAGACCCAGCGACAAGCAACAGAGGGAAAGAUUAUUGGAACGACCAAGAAAGGCAUUGGACCCACCUAUACCAGCAAAGCAUCUCGCAUUGGACUGCGUGUCUGUGACCUGCUGGGAGACUUUAAAGAGUUCUCUACCAAAUUCAAGAACCUUGUCGCGCAGUACCAGUCCAUGUACUCAUCCCUGACAGUUGAUACUGAUACUCAGCUGAAAAAACUGAAGGAGUAUGGAGAGAGGUUGCGGCCGAUGGUGCGGGAUGGAGUCUACUACAUGUAUGAGGCUCUUCAUGGACCCCCAAAGAAAAUUCUGGUGGAAGGGGCCAAUGCUGCCCUCCUCGACAUUGACUUUGGCACAUAUCCUUUUGUGACCUCAUCAAACUGCACUGUUGGUGGGGCAUGCACUGGUCUUGGCAUCCCUCCCCUGAAUAUUGGUGAAGUGUAUGGUGUAUCAAAGGCCUACACCACCAGGGUAGGCAUUGGUGCCUUCCCCACAGAACAGCUCAAUGCGACAGGUGAGCUGCUGCAGACGAGAGGUCAUGAGGUGGGCGUGACAACAGGCAGGAAACGUCGCUGUGGCUGGCUGGACUUGGUCAUCCUGAGAUACGCCCACAUGAUCAAUGGCUUCACUGCCAUUGCUUUGACAAAACUUGACAUCCUUGAUGUGCUGGAUGAGAUCAAAGUAGGAGUGGCCUACAAAAUCAAUGGCAAAAGAAUUCCCCAUUUCCCAGCUAACAUGGAGCUGUUGCACAAAGUGGAGGUAGAGUAUGAGACCUUCCCAGGCUGGAAGAGUGAUACGUCUGCAGCCAGGAAGUGGAAUGAUCUCCCCCAGAAGGCUCAGAACUACAUCCGCUUUGUGGAGAACCACAUUGGAGUACCCAUUAAGUGGGUCGGCGUCGGAAAGUCCAGAGAGUGCAUGAUCCAGAUGUUCUAGAGUCUUUUCCUUUUCUCUCCCCAAGAUGGAUGCACAUGGAUGGACGAGAUGUGGCUUGAUGUGACAUAUGUUUACAACCCUCAAACUAUCUAAUAUUCUGUAAAAACCUGUUGCCAACAGAUACGUGUAGCCUUGAAACAAUGUUGAGUGGAAACGUUGGUAACUUUACAUCUAUCUGUGUUGCAUCAGUAAAUUGCCUUGUAAUGAUGUCUGCCAGAAAGUCUUACAGUAUGACUGAGCCAUGUGUAAAUCUUACCUUGUGCCACACAACAACCCUGAAAGAAAAAAACACAUCCAAUAACUUUUCCUCCUGAGUAAUGUUAACUGCCUUAUGUUUUCCGUCUUCUUUAGGGAUGGAUCAACAUUUACAUCAUGUGUACCUGGAGAAAAUGGGGGAGGGUAAUGCUUUUUCAAUUUCAGUCAAGGAGAGGGCUUUGUAUUUUUUUUAAUCUAGUCCAGGGGAGGAUCAUGUUAUUUGUAAUUGAUGAAAUGUCUAUAUUUCUCAGUGUUUUAUAAUGAGUUGCUUGUUAGGCUAUAUAUCGAUGUGUGCCCGAUGCUGCCCCUCAACCCUGAUUCUCCGCUUGUGGCGCAAUAUCAAGUGCGUCUAUACGCUAUUUAGUGUGGUCUCAAUCAAAAGAUCCAUAGCUUAUUGGCUAUAGGCUAUGAAUUGCAUGCUCGGAGAAGCACAGAGCAAAGUUAUAUUUCUAAGAAAGCU